AUGCCGAGCACACACGAAGCAGCCGCUCUGCUCUCAGUCGGAAGGCCCCUGGAGGUCAUUCAACGGAUCACUCCUGAGCCUGGACCAAAUGAGAUCCUCAUCGAAGUCAAGGCAAUUGCAGUCAAUCCUGUGGACUACUACAUGCGUGACAAUGGCUUCCCGCCAGUGCCAGUCCUUCCAGCUGUACUCGGGGAAGACGUCGCGGGUAUAGUCGUCAAACAUGGUUCUGGAGUCGACCCGUCUGACUGUCCUGCGGUCGGAUCACGCGUCGUGGCACUCGCCUCAUCUUUCUACCACGAAGGAUCUCCCGACCAUGGUGCAUUUCAGAAGUAUACCACCGCUCGCAGCGAAGGUGUCAUCAACUUGUCUGAUUCUCUCUCGUUCGAGGAGGGCGCUAUCAUGCCUUUGGCCGUCUUGACUGCAUUGUCGGCAUACACAACCAUCGGCCUCCCGCUCGACACCAAGUUCAAGCCCGAAGACAAGGAGGCCAUCUUGAUCUGGGGAGGAUCCAGCAGCGUUGGCUCUUUCGCGGUCCAAACAGCCAAGUCUCUCGGCUUCACCGUCUACGCAACCGCUGGAGCGAAGAACCUGGAGUACGUCAAAAGCCUGGGAACAGAUGCUGUAUUCGACUACAAGUCGCCUACCGUCGUCAAAGACAUCGCGGCCAAAGUCAAAGCGGACGGGGUCUUACUUCGGACAGCGCACACGAUUGUGGAUAACGCCUUGCAGCAGACUUUGGAUGUACUCAAAGAGACCAAAGGAGACCAUCCGGCCCGAGUCGCUCAUGCUCCCUUGCUCCCUGAGAACGCGCCGUCUCUUGACAACACCGAGAUCAAGUUCACCUACCCGCCCACCAGCCCUGACGAGAGGAACAAGCAUUUGUACAAAUGCUUCCAUGGGUGGCUGAAGGAUGGUCUGGCGGCCGGAAGUGUCGUUCCAAGCCCGAGGGUGCAAGUUGUUCCAGGUGGUAUUAGUGGUCUGAACAAAGCUUUGGAUGUCCUCAAGGCAGGUGUGAGCGGAGUCAAGGUUGUUGUAUCAUGCUGA